GCGAAAGCAUGGAAGGGAAAAGAGGCGAACGCUAGCUGGGAACGCGCUGUAAGCGGGAGGGAAGGGAUAGCGCUGCGCGAGACAGGGGUUCCGCGCGGUGUCUCAGCCACUAGGAGGAAGCGUGGGCUUCCGAUGCCAUGCUAAGCAGGUCCUCAUUUGCAUACGGCAGAGAGUUGGGUGUUUGGAAUUACGCAUGAAUGAAGAGCAGAGGUGUAAAAAUCCAUACCAAAGCAUUCCUUGGUUGUUGUUUUUAAAAAAAUGCUUUACUUGAUUGGUCUUGGACUUGGAGAUGCCAAAGAUAUUACAGUAAAAGGGCUGGAAGUAAUAAAGCAGUGUAGCAGAGUAUAUUUGGAAGCCUACACUUCUAUGCUCACUGUUGGAAAAGAAGCACUGGAAGAGUUCUAUGGUAAAGAGCUGAUCCUUGCUGACAGAGAAAUUGUAGAGCAAGAUGCUGAUACUAUCCUGAAAGAUGCACAUAAAACUGAUGUGGCUUUUCUUGUAGUUGGCGAUCCUUUUGGGGCAACUACACACAGUGACCUUGUUCUCCGGGCUGUGAAGCUGGGAAUUCCCUACAGAGUGGUCCACAAUGCUUCCAUAUUGAAUGCUGUUGGCUGCUCCGGUCUACAGCUCUACAACUUUGGAGAAACAGUUUCUAUUGUGUUCUGGACAGACACAUGGAAGCCUGAGAGUUUUUUUGACAAAAUCAUAAAAAACAGGAAAAAUGGGAUGCACACUCUGUGCUUACUUGACAUUAAAGUGAAGGAGCAGUCAUUGGAGAAUCUCAUGAGGGGAAAGAAGAUCUUUGAGCCACCACGCUACAUGAGUGUGAAUCAAGCAGCAGAGCAGCUUCUUGCAGUUGUCCAGAAUAGGCGGCUACAGGGCCAAGAGCCAGAAGUAACAGAAAACACCAUCUGUGUAGGCUUAGCAAGAGUUGGUGCAGUGGAUCAGAAGAUUGCUUCAGGUACUCUACAGGAAAUGACUACAGUGGCACUUGGAGAUCCUCUGCACUCUAUGAUCGUAACUGGAGUAUUGCAUCCCCUGGAAGUGGACAUGCUUAAACUCUUUGCAGUAGAUAAAUCCAUCUUUGAACACCACUGAGUUGGAAACUCUUUGUACCCCUAUUGUGAAUUGAAGCUGGUAAAAUCCUUGUUAGUAAUAAAAGCUACUCUGCAAAGAAGUAACCCGUAUCUUGCCAAAGAAGACACCUAGGAAGCCCGGUUGCGAUUCUUCAUGGCUCAGGUUCACUGCUUACAACUGUUAAAUGUUUUGUUACUUGACAGAAUUAGAAUAAAAUAAUUGAGAGUAGUGUCUUGAUUCCACCUGUGUAGUAGGUGUUGGGAGAACCAUCAGUAUGGCAGAAGACAGAGAAGUUUCAAAAGUUAAAAUAUAGCACUUGGCUAGAAUGGCUGAUUGUUUUCAGUGUUAGACUUUGAUAUUUUCAGAAGAAAUCUGUCCCUAUAUCGAUGGAGAUGUAAAUAUCUCAAGGUAGUAAGCCUGUGCCUGAACUGUACCAUUUCAAACUGCAGAUGAUGAUGAUGAUAAUAGUAGCAGUAGAUAAAGCUUGAAUUGAACUUUAAAUACCAGUAUUUGCUGAGCAUUCUUAUAAGGCUAUUGGAUCAGAGAAACUUAAUGAAACUUACAAUUAAAGAUUCAGCAAAAACAAAAACAGGAAAUAAUCAGCGCUUUGGGGAAAUUCAAAAAGCCAGGUUCUCAGUAUUUUCCAUAGCAGAGUAGGGAUGGGGCCAAGUAGAUAUCUGGAGGAAUGGUAUUCUAGCGGGCAGGAGUUGUGACAGAGAAGACAUGCAUCUAGGAUCCCAUGACACUGUUUAACUGAAAGCACUGAACCAUGCCUAUCCUGUCUGAUCUUACAGGAUGGGCAGAGACAAUUGGGGAAGGUUAGUCCCACAGAUAAUCAAGCCUUGAACCAUGUAGGGCUUUACAGAUACCCCUCAUCUUGAAUUGCACCUGCUCACAGACAGAGGUGCUGCAUGAGCACAUGAGUUGUGUCCAUACCUACUUAUACAACUCCAUGCUGGACCAACUGUAUUUUCCAAGUGGUCUUCAAGGGCAGCCCCAUAUAGACCGCAUUGCAGUAAUCCAAAUGAUAGGUGACUAAAGCAUGAGUAACCAUGAGAAGGGUCUGUCAGCCCAAGAACGGGCAUAAUGAAUCCAUGUUAAAUGCCUUAGCUACCAUUUUUUAAAUGAGAUACGAGUCUAGGUUGCUUACUGGUUGUGUAUGAGGAAGUGCAAGAUGGAGAUUUCUGGACUGAAUCCAUGCAAAAAAAUUCCUCACAGACAAAAGUAGUAUAUUUGCAGAAGCUGUGUUAGAAUUGCUUUACUAGUUCACUGCGCAGAUUUACCAAGGUCAAUUUUGUACAGCUGAGACAAGGCAUCCAGGCUGCCAGGCCAUUUCAAAAGUGGAAAGGGUCUUGUGGCCCCAUCAGUAUAUGCAGCUAGUGGUUCAUAAUUCUCAUGUAGCUCUCCUUUAUUUGUCCUUUUUUUCUCAAGUGUUCUUUAAGCUCUUUUUACAGCUUGUCCUUUCAAAACUGGAGAAGAGGCUGUCUCCUCCCAAAGGAAGUAGACUCAAAAAGAUCUCUAGGCCCUGCCUCUGGAGCAAGCAGGAAGUAUCCACUUUCAAGCAUCUUGUCUCUGAUGUAGAAAAUGGACCUUGACAGUUGGUUCAAUGUACUAUUUUCACUGAGUCCUCCUUCUCCAUACUGUUUUCUGGAGAUUUGGAGGUUUCUCGAAAUGAUUUUCAAGGGAGAUUAAGGGAUGUCAUCUCUUCUGUGCUAUUUCCAUGAGGAGGAGCCUUAACACAGCCUUGAGUUUCUGCAGAAAGAGUGGGAUAUAAAUCUAACAAGCCAACCAACCUCACAGUAUCUCUGUAUUCUUUGAUUCACAUAUUGUGUUCUACUAAAAUGUGGCUUAGCGUGCUGUGCAAGACCAGCUGCUGUAAUGCAUAAUCCACAAUUUACAACUCAUUAGGGCCUAUGACACCACUGUUUUUUGCCAAUUAGAAGAGAGCUUAAGAAUGAUUUAAAAGGAUGUAUUUGGCCCCAAUAACUGCACACACAACAUUUGAGCUUUUGAAAAAAAGAGUUUAUUGAUAGGAAAAAUUGAUCCCAAAUAUUGUGUCAAACAUUUUUGCUGUUUCAAUCAAGACUGUAUUAAAAUAGAAAAAAAAAGAUGCAAUAAAAUGGUCAAUAUUGCACUGACGCCAAGUCAAGACUGGCCACUAGCUAUAGUAUUUUCAAGUUAUUUUCAGUAUAUUCAGCCACCACUUUGAAUUUACCAGUACAGGAAACUCCUUAAACUCUACAGAACACCAGGCCUUUAGAAACUGAAUAAAAGAUUGGUUGGCAGCAAAAUUCCAUUUUAUCUGAAAAUACAAAUACAUUUUCAGGAAAUAAGAGUUUCAGCCAUUUUCUCAUGCAGGAGAAUGUAUGGCUAGGCCAUAAAUACAAUCUAUAAUCUAUAAUUUAAAUUGGGGCUUGGCAACAAGACACACUACCACUAAACGGUGGUUACUGAUCUCAAAAAUUAAAAAUAGAUGGUUGAAACCUCAUUAGAUCAGUGUUCUCAUGUCAGAUUUUGGCCUAUUAGAAGUUUAUUUGACAGCUACAGGCUGCAGAGUGGUGCCCACUGCCUGAAAAGAUUGCUGAUCCCUGCAUAAAAUUUUUGGGAACUGAUACCAUACUAACAUAUGCAAACAAUGCUCUUAAGUAUUUCUUUAUGUCGAAACUGAUUUUCCGUCCCCUCCCCUCAACAAUGGGACAAUAAAAACACAAAAUUCCAUCUCUACUAAAGCUUAGACACAGAGCUCCAUAGUAAAAUUAAUCAUUAGUGGGACACAAUUCCUUUAAGGUCAAAAACCAGUUGCAAAAAGAUAGUUCGGUCAAAGUAGGAAGCAUCAGUUAAAAUGGAGGAAGGGAAAGGAUGCAAGAAUCUGAGGAAAAUCCAUAUUGAAGCACUUUCUGCAGCAAAAUAGAAGCAGAAUCAUGAUUUACAAAAAGUAGAACUGAACUAAUUAAUUAGAGGAUAUUUUCUAAAUUGGAUAAGGCAUGUAACAACCCUGGGUUUCAUCUAAAUCAUACCAACCAUAUUUGAAAGAAAAAAAAUGUAGUAGUAGUGCAGUUUUCCCUUGGAAAACAUGUUAAUGAAUUUCACUGGUUUUAGUACCCCUAUCGUGGAGUAACCGGCUGUUGAUAGUUCAACUGCCAGUCUUGGUUUCUUCAUAUGCCAACACUAUUCAUUUGAUAAAGUGCAGUUAGCAUCUCUUCUUCCAUCUCUUCUGAAACUUCAACCACAGUUAUACCACAGUGUUUUGUUUACUAGACAAGACUCUGAAUAUCUGAAUGUGAUUGCAAGUGUUCAUUUUUAGUAAUGAAAAAGCACUGAAAGAAGAAUGUUACUCAAGUUGCUGGUUCCAUCUGUAGGAAUGAUGCCCUAAGCCCUCAGCUAUGUUGGGCAGCCUACUUUCGCUCAAGAAUUAAACAGAUCCUAUGACUAAGCCUAAUACUUUGAACUUAAAAGUAUAAAGGACACUUUUUUCCUUCAUAUUAUCUAUUUUGAGCUUGGUGGGCGAUAACGUUCUAUAAUAAACCUCACCUCGUAAAUUAAAUACCUUGUCUUAUGAUGACAGACAAAAAUGCACAUUUGUUUACUGAGUGAGCCCUCUGCUGCAUGACAUUAUGCAAAGGCAACACAUUCAAUGUAUGUUAUUUUGCCAAAGUUAGAUAAAAGCAAGUUUCAGUGCCACAUGUUUGGCCAAGUAUAAUUUAACAUGCCUUACUAUUUGACAUUUGGCUGAGAGAAGUCAGCAACAAUAAAGAGGAUGACAUCCUGCAGGAAGAAAACAAAGAGCAUAUUAACCCCACUAAAAAAGGUUAAGCAGUUUCCAGCCUCUCUUAUUUAGGCACGCCCAAGGAUUUAGAACAUGCCAGCAAAAACCACAGAAGCAGUCAUGUUAUAGCAUAAGCAAAAUUCAGGCAGAUGCACAAUUCAGUGGAAGAGGUUGAUUUUCUUUUUUGAAGGAGUGACUACAAAUUAACUAUUUAACAACAAGUUAACAAUCUAUUUCAGCACUCUUUUGCUGAAAGAGGUUCAGAGGCAAUGGGAUUUCACAUUCGUCUACACAGAGCUAAAUAAUUAUCUCCAUAUGGGGGGGAAAUGGUAUUUCUGCACCAGGCGAAAACAGCACAAAUGUUUUCCGCUCUCGUCUCCAGGGAUCUACUCCUAUUGUCUUUCACGUAUGAUGGGAAUCUCCAUAAGAAAACAGUAAUAAGCAAACAGUUUCAGUUGUGUCUUAUGGAAAGGAAUGAGGCCCAAAUAUGUUACUGUGCAAAAAUAAUGAAUCAAAAUUUCUAUUAGGGUUUAAAUUACAGGUUGCAUAAAAAUACUCAUAUUUCUAUAUUAACAGUAAGCCAAACAAAGCAGGGUUUAGAAGUUAAUCAGCCAGUAAUAAGUUAUCUAAGAACAAGUGGAUUAAAAAAUAAUAAAGGGAAGUUAUUCCCAUAAAAACCAAAAAUCGAUACUACAGUCUUUUCCAGUAUAAAAUUCAGAUCCAUUUUAUGUAUUUCUGAUGCCUAACGCAAUUUCAUGCAAGCAACAAAAACAAUUUUUGGUGUUAAGAAAACAAUUUCUGACCAUGAGUUAACACUAACCUUCAUUUUUCUAGGCAAGCUCAUCUUGCUUGCAUGACACACUUUUGUUCCAGUUGCAAGGUCAAGUGACAAACAAUUAAUCAGGGCUUUGUUUAUUAGCCUAAAAUGGAGACUAGCUCCUAAGCAGCUUUAGUUCCAGCAUUAGAAACAGCAAAAUGCAUAUGUGGCAUCUUUGUUAUACUGUCCAAAGAAAACCUUUAAAUAUUACACUGGCACUGUGGGAUACACACGGAAGACAUAUUACCCAGAGUGUCCCUGUGAAGUUUAAAAGAACUUCAAUUAUGAUGGACAACAGCAGCACAGAACCAACGUUGGCAGAACAAUUCACUAAAUAAUUAAGUGCCAGAAAAUGUUGCUGAAAGAUUUAAAGGUCCUUUAAGAAUCUGAUGGAAAAAGUCAAACUUCAAAUAUGGGGUAUGAUUUAGGAAAACUCAUUAUAUUCAGUUAAAAUGUGAAUGUGUAAACCUAAGACAAUGCAGACACUGAUGAGAUUGCCAGACUAUCCUGGCUUAACAUUCAUAAGAGGAUCAAAUAAUUUGUUAAGUAAACAUAUAGAGUACGAAGCAAAAGCAUGUAUUGUCUGUUGGCUAGCAUAAAAAAACCCCUUCAAUUAAAAUAAAUGUAUCCAACAUAAAGGCUCCAAAUAGGAAGUAGUAAUGCAGGAAGAAGCAAAUCCAUAAAAGCAUCUCUCCUUUUGAGCACUUCAUAAAAGUUAAAUUAAAAAAACCUAAUUCUUCACUGUGAGACUUGUCCAUGUAUGAAAAACAAUUAAAAGACUUCAGAUCAGAGAGAAACAUCACAUUCUUGCAAGCCAUCCUUUUGCAUGGUGGCU